AUGUCACGAAAUUUGAAGAGAGUUAUUCUAUUACUUAGUUGUACAUUUGCUGGAUUAAUAUGUGGAACACUAUAUUUAUACUCCUCCUAUAGUCCUCAGUUUUCCCAAAGAUUGGGAUACACGGCCUCUCAAAGUUCACAGAUCUCGAUAUGGGGUAGUAUAGGAAUGGGUGUUGGUGCACCCAUUUCAGGUAUUCUAAUCGAUAGGAAAGGUUACACCUUGGUGUCUAUAAUUGGAUUUAUUUUAUUGACUAGUGGAUAUUAUAUUAUGAAAAAACAAUUUGAUACUGAGUGGGCAAACUUAAGUGUUUCAUGUGCAUGUUUAUUAGUUAUUGGAUUGGGAUCUUCAACCAUUAAUUCGGUUAGUUUAAAAUGUUGUGCUGUUAGUUUCCCAUCAAUUCGUGGAGUUGCAACUAGUUUACCUUUGGCUUUAUUUGGAUUAAGUGCAUUGUUUUAUUCUGUGAUUGCAUCUGUAUUUUUCCCCAAUGAUACAAGUAGUUUCUUUGGAUUCAUCAUGAUCUCAAUUGUACUUAUUUUUAUUGCAUGUUUCCCUAGUAUUUAUCUAGCAGAUUGUGAACACCAAUCGAAAGGCAGUACCAAUAAUACACCAGUAUCGGCACAACCACAGCUACCAUCAACUCCUAAGGCACAUGUCAAAUCACCUCGUACAACCACAAGCGAGAUUAAUAUCUUCACAAGUUUCAGAUUUUAUCAACUUUUUGUAAUCACAGGAAUGUUAGCUGCAUUGGGCCAAAUGUACAUUUACUCCGUUGGAUAUAUAGUAAAAGCGUUGAUCAUUAAAGAAUCAGGUACAAGUUCUUCAUUAUCUAUUCUAAUUCAACAAGAUCAACAAUUCCAAGUGGGUAUCUUAUCAAUUGCAAAUUUUUUAGGACGUAUAGCAGCUGGUGUUCUUGGUGAUAUUGUUUCUCAAUCUUUCAACAAACCAAGAUCAUUAUUAUUAUUUAUUCCUGCAUUUGGCAUGACAAUAUGUCAAAUUAUAUCAUAUAACAUAGAUGAUUGUACAGAAUUACCAUUGGUUUCAUUUAUGAUUGGAUUCUUUUAUGGAUUUAUUUUCUGUAUUAUGCCAAUUAUAACAGGUGAUAUAUUUGGCAUGAAUGAUUUUAGUUUCAAUUGGGGAAUAAUUAGUAUGAGUCCUAUACUACCUAGUUAUUAUUUUAUUAAAUUAUUUGGUAAAUUUUAUGAUGGAAAUUCAACAUUAGAUGAAACAAAUGGAUCUUUGGUUUGUACUAUUGGAAAUUUAUGUUAUAAUUAUAUUUUCAAACUUACUCUUGUGGUUAGUAUUUCUGCUACCAUAAUUGUGCUUAUUUUUAAUUCAGGAGAUUCAAUAUUUAGACGCAAAAAGGCAAUAACUUCAUUACCAUUGGCAUCUCCAACCAAUUUAUUUAAUGAAAAAGCUAGCUGA